CCAAUAACUUCAGCCCAUCCCUGCCUCUGCCUGAGAUUCAGGUGGCAUGGUGACAAAACAGGUCUCCAACAGCACGCCAACAGCGCAGCCGGAGGGCUGCAGCCAUCAGCUUUCACAUCGGGCUGGACGAUGAAAAUGGCAUUUUUCCCUGACUGCUUCUGAGGAGCAGGGCUCAAGAUAUUUCCUCUUGGGAAGCUGAAUAAACAGGUGGAAAGCCAGUGUGUUGCCAUUCGUGAGCUCCAGAGCCCCUGGGAGAACUGGAGUACCUGUUCUGCUGAGCUGCACCCCUCGUUAUGCAGGGCUGGUUCCAAAAAGGGAUGGCUUUGUCUUUAAACAGGAGCUUCUAAGGGUACUCAUGGAAAAAAAAUCUCUGUACUGCUGAAGAAGAAAUAAAAAUCAGCAGUGACAAGAGGAGCACAGGAGCCCUCCUCGUGGCUGAAGGACCAACAUGAGCGAUGCAUGUAACGCUAACAGUGAGAGACACAUGCUUCCUACCAGUGCUCAUUAAAACCAAGCAAUGGAGUACAUCGUUACAGACAUGGGGUGCAACGCUUCCAUAGAUGACAGAGAAGAAAACAAGUCAGAAAAAGCAAUUAAAGCUGCUGUUCUCAUCCAGAAAUGGUUCCGCUCUACAAGGGCCCGGCUAGAGAUCAGUCGCCGCUAUUCUCUGACUAUCUUUCAGUCAAUCGAAUAUGCUGAUGAGCAAGAUCAAGCACAGCUAGCCAGCUUUUUCACAUUCAUGCUGGAGCGCUAUGCUAAUCCUGAUGCAGUUGCUGACACUUCCAUUAGCCCCUCUGUUUCUCAUGAGGCCGACUCAUAUCUAACUGAAUAUGAAAAGAUUGAGGUUCCAGACUCCUACUGCGGACCACGACUGUCAUUUCCCCUUACUCUUGCAGAUGCCAAUGCUCUUCUUCAUGCUUUCAAGGACGGACAGCUGCUUCAUGCCCACUAUGUUCUGCAGCUGCUAUGUGAAACCAGGAGGGUUCUCAAGGAAAAGCCAAAUAUCAACCUUGUUACGGUUUCCUACUCCAAGGAGAUAACUGUCUGUGGAGACUUGCAUGGAAAUCUGGAUGAUCUUUUUUUGAUAUUUUAUAAGAAUGGUCUACCUUCAGAAAAAAAACCUUAUGUCUUUAAUGGUGAUUUUGUUGACAGAGGGCAAAAUUCUAUGGAAAUACUUAUAAUCCUGUUUGCAUUUCUUCUUAUCUACCCCAAUGAUGUACACUUGAAUAGAGGAAACCAUGAAGACUAUGUCAUAAACUUGAGAUAUGGCUUCAGCAAUGAAGUUUUGAACAAGUAUAAGGUCUACGGGAAGGUAAUCUUGUAUCUUCUGCAAGAUGUCUUCAGCUGGCUUCCCCUUGCCACUAUAAUUAAUAAAAAAGUACUCAUUGUACAUGGAGGAAUUUCAGACACCACAGAUCUGGAUUUCCUGAAUUUACUUGACAGAAAUAAGUUGAAAUCUUUGAUGCGGCCACCAAAGUCAGAGGCAGACAGAGAGGAGCAAGGAAAGGAGGGAACUCCAACAGCCAGACCCAGCACAUAUGCUGCUAACAAGCAUGUCACAGGGAAAACACGCGGCGUCUCGCCAGCGGGCUUCACUGAGCUUUCCCGUCCACAUUCACAGCCAGGGCCCACCCUGAAGGAGUGGAAACAAGUCCUGGACAUUCUCUGGAGUGAUCCAAGAAAGCAAAAUGGCUGUGUUCCAAACAAGCGUCGAGGAGGAGGUUGUUGCUUUGGCCCUGAUACCACUGCCAGGCUACUUGAGAGGUAUAAUCUGAAGAUGUUGAUCAGGUCCCAUGAAUUUAAGCGGGAAGGCUACGAGCUCACUCAUGGCGGGAAGGUUAUCACUAUAUUUUCUGCCUCUAACUAUUAUGAAGAGGGAAGCAACCGGGGAGCAUACAUCCGACUGAAUCCGGAUCUGAUUCCUCAUUUUGUACAGUAUCAAGUGAGCGAGUGCACAAACAAGCAGAACCACUGGGAGAGGACAAAAACAAUUGAACGUUCUGCCUUGCAAACCUUACGAGAGAAGAUUUUUGCUCACAGGUCUACACUCACUGAGGCUUUUGCAAAGUAUGACUGCAACAACACAGGCAAGAUUUCUGUCAGUGACUGGGCAGCAGCGAUGGAGUCUGUCCUCUGCCUCGAACUGCCCUGGAGGACGCUGCAGUUCCAUUUAGCCAAGAUAGAUCCAGAUGGAAAAGUUGACUACAUGUCAUGUUUUCACAAUAUGGAAAUAGCUCAAUCUACAGAAGAGGUUCAGCCAGCUUUGGUUGAAACGCUGUGCAAAUACAGAAAAGAUCUGGAGAUAAUCUUUAACAUCAUGGAUGAAGAUCAGUCAGGUUUGAUUUCUUUUGAUGAGUUCCGCAAGACCUGGAGAAUCUUCAGUUCUCACCUGGGAAUUGACGCGUACGAUGCAUCCGUUGACAAGCUAGCCCAGAGCAUAGACUACAACAAAGACGACUACAUUGACUUCAGCGAAUUUUUAGAGGCCUUCCAUGUGGUUCACAAACGAGACAAGAAGCCAACUAAUGAAAAGGCAGAACUUCUUGCAGGUUGUCAUGGAAGUUCACCUUCCUGUCAUGAGUCACAAGCAGCCUGGGAACCCAAUUUCCACACUGAGAACCAAUAAAUGGUAAUAAGUGUUGUGAUCACUGUUUAGCCUGUUUAGUCCCGUCUGGAUGAUGUAUGUCUGCUAGUAAUGAGACCAGAAGAGAUAAAAAAACACCAUCUACAGUUUUACUGUGUCACUGCCACAUCGGUACCUUACAAUUUAUCUCCACUCUUGGUUUCAUCUCCUCCACGUAUGUUAUCUGUGAAUAUUACCAAGGUAGCACCUACAACCUCAUGGGAGGAGAAACUUUGGCACAUUUCUCUCAGCAGCCCUUAGAGACAGCUGAGAAAGAGUGUUAAUGACCACAAGGAACAUAUCUGUCACUCCUUGGGAAUAUAACAGGAGCAACCGAGGCUUUCCGUGAACUGACUAUCCAGCCCAGGCAAGUUAAAAAAGAAAAAAAAAAAAAAAAAAAGAUAAAAAAACACACUAUAUCAUUAAAAUAGGAAAACAGGUAGUUCUGCAUUUAAUCUCUCUCUUUGCAUGAUGCAAUAAAAUUAAAACAUUCCAGGUCACUAUGUAUCCUCUUCAAAGUUUACAGACCCAACUUAAAGGGUCUUAUUUGAAAGGCGUUUACACUUGCAAUAGAUUUGUUCUUGCCACUUGUUACUUUUGCCUACAUUUGUUGGGGUUUGGGGCCAAGAAACAGUCAUAACCUGUCACUUUAAUGCUGGCUAAAUCCACAGCAUGUUAAUAGAACAUAAAAUAGGUCCUAAAAUAAAGCUUUAGCUUUCACAGUAA